AAUCAAUAUCAGUAAUCGUUCUUAACAGAUUUUUUUUUUUUGAUACAAGUUUUAAAUUUUUAUCGAAAGAAAAUUUACAUAAAUGAAAAAAUUAAAAUGGAUUUAACAACGCAUGAAUCGUCGUUGCCUGUAGAGACGGUUAUAAGGAAGGAAGUAAAUGAGACAAUGAACGAUGUGGUUCAAAUUGCAAAAACAUCAAAUUCCAAGCAAUUAUCGUUGUCAAAAAAAUUGGCAGAAAUAAUGAGGUUGAUCAAUAACGUUAGACAACGAUUGGAGGAUUUUUCAAUCGAUCGAAGAACCGAAGUUUCACAAAUGCAAUGGAUGACAUUGGAAAAAUUUAAAUCGUCGCCAAAAGUACCUACAAAGCCAGUCAAAUUUUGGCAAAGAUCCCUUUUCGCAAGAAUUUAUUUUAUCAAUAAAGAUUUGGACGAAAUUUUUCAAAAUAUCAUGAAAUCUAGUUCAAAACUGAUGUUCUGCAACAACGGCACGUCCUCUGAAAAUAUUGAAAAUGUGAAGUUCGGUAAUAACCCGAAAUCGGCAACUACAAAACGCUCAUCGCAACUAUCGGCAGUAAGUCUCCGAGGUAACUCAACUAAAGCAUCUAAAGUCGUGCCGUCGAUAAGUAUAAUCGAUGAAGCAGGCAGUGCUUCUUUAGACGAUAUUGGAUUCAUCCAACAGUCUUUCACCGACCUUAUAAAGGCUAAAAUUGAAUUUGAUUCCCAAUUCCUUCACUUCAACUCUACUCUUAGUAAAAAUUGCUUCUACGAGGAUUUUCUUUAUUUAUACAAGAUCUGCACGAAAUCGGACAUAAUAUUGGGAGAGACUUCAUUAUCCAUCGAUAAGCAGAAAUCGGUCAGUUCUAGUAAUACAAAGAUUAAGCGCAAACGCCUUUCAAACAAUUUGAAAAAUAAGUCUCGGAAGAGACAGUUGAGAAAGUCUGUGCGCUCAGCUUUUUUGGAUGAUUCGUCAGAAGUCCAGGUAAUUCGUAACUUCAGGCGAAGAGAAACCACGUAACAAACCUACAACUGAAGUUAUCAUUUUUGUCUUUCUCUAUUUGUUCGUUUAAAUAAUAUAAAGCUACGUUUUUGUUUCAUAAUACAACACUAGUCUUUA